AUGGCCUUCGUGCCCCCACCCGGCUACCAGCCCUACUACAACCCGCCCCUGCCCUACGUGGCCCCGGUGCCCGGGGGGCUCUGGCCGGGCAUGGCCGUGAGCGUGCAGGGCGUGGUGAGAGCGCAUGCGCAGGGGUUCCGCGUUAACCUGGCCCUGGGUUCCCACGACGACGCCGACAUCGCCCUGCACGUCAAUCCCCGAUUUGGGGCUGGGGUCUCGGUGCUCAACAGCCGCCGCGGGGGGGGCUGGGGGGACGAGCAGAGACGGGACCUGCACCCCCUGUGCCCGGGGACCCCCUUCGAGAUGAUCAUCAGUGUCACCCCCGAGGGCUACCGGAUCCUGGUGAACGGAACCUUCUACGAGGAGUUCCCGCACCGGCUGCCCCCGGAGCACGUGACGGCCGUGACCGUGGACGGGGACCUGGAGCUGCACUCGGCCUCGGUGCUGGGGGGCAUGGGCGCGUGUCCCCCGUGUGGCCCGGACGCCCCCCAGGUCACCCCCAUUUACCCCGACUGUAACCUGCCGGUGAUGGGGCAGCCCCCGACCCUGCACCCGCCCGUCCCCUUCAUUGCCACCAUCCCGGGGGGGCUGAUCCCCAAAAAAACCAUCAUCAUCAAGGGCUUCGUCCCCCACCACGCCAACAGGUUCCACCUGAACCUGCGGGCGGGCCCUGGCGGGGACAUCGUGCUGCACCUGAGCCUGAGGAUGGACGAGGGCGACGCCGUGGUGAGGAAUUCCUGCCUGGGGGGCGGCUGGGGCCACGAGGAGAGAGAGCUGCCCGGCUGCAGCCCCUUCCAGCGCGGCCAGUACUUCGAUCUUUCGAUCCGCUGCGGCAACCAUCGCUUCAAGGUGUAUGCCAAUGGGCAGCCGCUCUUCGAUUUCCACCACCGGGUGCCAGCCGGGCCCCACGUGGAUGUGCUGGAGAUCACGGACGAUGUGGUCCUGUCCUAUGUCCAUUUCUAACCCACACAAGUGUCCUGGCACUGCCCAAUAAGUGCCCUGGAACAGCCCCAGAACUGCCCCAUAACUGCCCUGUAAUUGUCCCCCUUAAAUGCCCCCCAGUUGUCCUCUCCAAACACUGACCUCA